AUGGAGGACGAGGACUGUCCCGAGCUCAUCCCCAUAGGGCCCGGCGGCGCCAAGAUCCCGGUGACCAUCAUCACGGGCUACCUGGGUGCUGGGAAAACAACUCUUCUAAAUUACAUAUUGACAGAGCAACAUAGUAAAAGAAUAGCAGUUAUAUUAAACGAGUUUGGUGAAGGAAGUGCUGUGGAGAAAUCACUGGCAAUCAGUCAAGGUGGAGAACUCUAUGAAGAGUGGCUGGAGCUCAGAAAUGGCUGCCUGUGCUGUUCAGUAAAGGACAAUGGUGUGAAGGCCAUUGAGAAUCUGAUGCAAAAGAAAGGAAAAUUUGACUACAUAUUGUUAGAAACAACCGGACUGGCAGAUCCAGGAGCUGUGGCCUCCAUGUUCUGGGUGGAUUCUGAACUAGGGAGUGACAUAUAUCUUGAUGGUAUUGUAUCUGUUGUUGAUGCAAAGUAUGGAUUGCAGCAUUUAACAGAGGAGAAGCCCGAAGGCCUCAUCAAUGAAGCAUCUAGGCAAGUUGCAUUAGCUGAUCUUAUAAUCAUCAAUAAAACAGAUUUGGUUUCAGGGGAAGAACUGAAUAAAAUCAGAACAUCAGUCAGGUCAAUAAAUGGACUUGUCAAAAUUAUAGAAACACAAAGAUCAAGAGUUGAUCUCUCCAAUGUGUUGGAUCUGCAUGCUUUUGACAGUUUGUCUGGAGUAAGUUUGCAGGAAAAGCUUCAUCAUGUAAAGACAACACAUGCACAUCUAGAUAAGGGUAUAAUUACAGUAACAUUUGAAGUUCUAGGAAACAUAGUAGAAGAAAAUUUAAAUCUCUUUAUUCAGAAUCUUCUGUGGGAGAAGAAUCUGAAGGACAAGACUGGAUGUACCAUGGAUGUCAUAAGACUGAAAGGACUGGUAUCUAUUCAAGGCAAAUCUCAUCAGGUGAUAGUUCAAGGUGUCCAUGAACUCUAUGAUGUGGAAGAGACUUCAGUAGUCUGGAAAGAUGAUGAAAAGAGAACAAAUAGAUUGGUUCUAAUAGGCAGAAACUUGGAUAAAGACAUCCUCAAAGAAGUAUUCAUAGCCACUGUUACAGGGAAGCAGGGAAAUAGUUGACAUUAUACUGCAAGGAAGAUGGAAGGUCUUAACACUGCAAGUUUUCUU